UUCCUUCUUCAUAGAGGCUCUCAGUCCUCUCUUUGCUCUUGUAUUUCUCGUCAUUUGCAGGGCUGAGGAAAUACAUGGAGACACCAAAGGAAUUUCAACGUGUAUGUUAGCCAUCGAAAUUCUUGAAGAAAGAGAAUGGGAAACUGCUAAAACAAAGCAAUGAGAACCGUAUCAGCAAAGCUAAAACACAUAGGAACUUCGCUUUCUUCAUCAUCACGUCCUUAUUCUCUAACUCCUCUUGCCUCCUCCCAUGGUAAACCCAGAAACCCGCCUUCACCGACUCUUCUAAAUGAAUUCGUGAACUUCUGCUACCAAAGGGACCUUCCUAAGGCUAUGAAUGCCAUGGCUGCCAUGGAAAGACACGGGAUUUAUGCUGAUUCUAUCACCUACUCUGAGUUGAUCAAGUGCUGCCUAGCUCGCAACGCUGUUGAACAAGGGAAACUCGUUCACAAGCACGUUUUCUCAAAUGGGUAUCAGCCAAAAACGUUUCUCGUCAACAUUCUGAUCGGUAUGUAUGUUAAGUUUAAAUUAUUAGAUGAAGCGCAGGCAUUGUUCGACCAAAUGCCUGAAAGAAAUGUUGUUUCGUGGACGACGAUGAUAUCUGCUUAUGCUAAUGCCAAGCUAAGUGACAAGGCGUUGGAAUUCUUCGUUUUAAUGCUUAGAGAAGGGGUGUUGCCUAAUAUGUUUACUUUCUCCUCGGUUUUGAGAGCCUGUAAUGGGCUAUUCAACGUUAGGCAGCUUCAUUGUGGUAUGAUUAAGCUUGGGUUAGAAUCUGAUGUUUUUGUUAGGAGUGCUCUUAUUGAUGUUUAUUCAAAGUUAGAUGAGUUAAAAGAUGCAAUUUGCGUAUUCAAUGAAAUGGAAACUAAGGACUUGGUUGUUUGGAACUCCAUUAUUGGAGGGUUGGCGCAGAAUAAUGAUGGGGAUGAAGCUUUGGAUCAGUUUAAGAGGAUGAAAAGAGCUGGCUUUACAGCUGAUCAAGCGACACUAACAAGCGUUUUGAGAGCAUGUACUGGUUUAGCUCUUUUAGAAGUAGGGAGGCAAGUCCAUGUUCAUGUGUUGAAGUUUGAUGUGGAUUUGAUACUCAAUAAUGCACUUUUGGAUAUGUAUUGUAAGAGUGGUAGCCUAGAGGAUGCCAAGUCGGUUUUCGAACGGAUGGUUCAUAAGGAUGUGAUUUCAUGGAGUACAAUGAUUGCAGGGUUAGCUCAAAAUGGGUUCAGCCAAGAGGCAUUAAAGCUCUUUGAUUUAAUGAAAGCUUCAGGUAUCAAACCAAAUUAUAUCACCAUCCUUGGGGUUCUUUUUGCUUGUAGUCAUGCCGGACUUGUGGAUGAUGGGUUGUAUUAUUUUCGAUCAAUGAAGAGACUUUAUGGGAUUGAUCCUGGAAGGGAACACUAUGGUUGCAUUAUUGAUCUUCUUGGAAGGGCCGGUAAGGUUGAUGAAGCAGUGAGAUUGGUUCAGGAAAUGGAAUGUGAACCAGAUGCUGUGACAUGGAGAACUUUGCUUGGUGCAUGCAGGGUUCACCAUAAUGUGGAUUUAGCGAUAUACGCAGGUAAACAAGUUCUAAAACUCGAUCCUGAAGAUGCAGGGACGUAUGUAUUGUUGUCCAAUAUUUAUGCAAAUUCUCAGAGAUGGGAAGAUGUCUCUGAAAUUAGGAGGCAAAUGAGAGAGAAAGGCAUUACAAAGGAGCCAGGUUGCAGCUGGAUUGAAGUGAAUAAACAAAUUCAUGCUUUUAUUGUGGGGGAUACUGCUCAUCCGAAGAUUAACGAAAUCAACAGGCGGCUAAAUCAGUUGAUUCACAAACUAAUGGGAAUCGGUUAUGUUCCAGACACUAAUUUUGUUCUGCAAGAUCUUGAGGGGGAACAAAGAGAUGACUCACUUUGGUAUCAUAGUGAGAAGUUGGCAAUUGUAUUUGGUUUAAUGAGUUUGUCAAGUGGCAGUGUUAUUAGGAUUAGGAAAAACCUUAGAAUCUGCGGAGACUGUCAUACCUUCGCAAAACUUGUCGCAAAGAUGGAAUGUCGAGUUAUCGUCAUCAGAGAUCCUAUUCGUUACCAUCAUUUUCAGAACGGAGUAUGUUCCUGUGGCGACUAUUGGUAGCAAGUGAUGCCAUACGGUCAUGAGUUCGAAUUUCGUUCAAACUACAAAUACAGGGACAAGUUUCCUUUUAAGGAAGAUUCUCCAGUUACGGUUUGUUUAUCGGUAUACGCUUUCUUGAAAGCAUAGAGUAAUCCUUCACAGUAAAAACGAAAAGAAAGGAAAAGGGGAGGGGAAGGGGAAGAAGAGCAAUGGAGCAUCCAA